UCAAGCGUUUAAAGGGCCGAGGCAGUGAUUCUCUGUUUUGUGCUUCCUCGCUGCCUCUGCUGUCCUCUACACCCACUGUUAUCAGCACGGCCAUCAGUCCGGCUUGUUCCGCUCAAGGACAGGAGAGAGAAAGGAGUGGAAGAGGAACGAGCCAUCGGGAGUCGCCAGAUUGUAAUCUGAGCUGAGCCCGGAAAAAACAAGCACCUUAGCCAAUUAACCAAAAAACAGAAGAGACCAUGAAAAUCUUACUCCUCCCUAUUAUUCUCACUAUUUUUUUUAUCCACCAUUCCCUUGCACAAAGUGAAUCUGAGCUUACAGUAACAACUAGGUUAGGUCGUGUCCAGGGUAUACGCUUGCCCGUCCCAGAUCGAAGCCAUGUUGUUGCCUUUCUGGGUAUUCCAUUUGCAGAACCUCCUGUAGGAAAAAUGCGUUUUAAACCAGCUGAGCCUAAAAAGCCAUGGAAUGAUGUGUUCGAAGCCAAAAAUUAUUCCAAUGCUUGCUACCAGUAUGUGGACACCUCAUAUCCUGGCUUUCCUGGCACCGAAAUGUGGAACCCCAACAGGAAUAUGAGUGAGGAUUGCUUAUACUUAAACAUCUGGGUUCCUGCUUCCCCUCGGCCACACAACCUCACUGUUAUGGUAUGGAUAUAUGGCGGUGGCUUCUACAGUGGUUCCUCUUCUCUAGAUGUGUAUGAUGGUCGCUACCUGGCACAUUCUGAGAAGGUGGUGGUGGUCUCUAUGAACUAUCGUUUGGGUGCUUUCGGCUUCCUUGCCCUUAAUGGCUCCUCUGAGGCUCCUGGAAAUGUGGGACUGCUAGACCAGAGAAUGGCACUCCAAUGGGUCCAGGACAAUAUUCAGUUUUUUGGAGGCAAUGCUAAGCAGGUGACCAUUUUUGGGGAGAGUGCAGGUGGAGCCUCGGUUGGCAUGCAUCUUCUGUCUCCAGAGAGUCGCCCCAAAUUCACUCGUGCCAUUAUGCAAAGUGGUGUGCCAAAUAGCCCUUGGGCUACAGUCAGCUUUGAUGAGGCACGAAGGAGGGCCACCAAGCUGGCCAAACUGGUAGGCUGUCCUGAUGAUGAUGACACUGAGCUAAUUGACUGCCUUAGGAACAAGCAACCACAGGAGCUUAUUGACCAGGAGUUCCAGGCACUCCCAUAUAGCAGCCUGUUCCGUUUUUCGUUUGUGCCUGUGGUUGAUGGUGUUGUGCUUCCUGAUACCCCUGAGGCCAUGUUGAGCUCAGGCAACUUCAAGGAUACUCAAAUUCUUUUGGGUGUAAACCAGGAUGAAGGGUCUUAUUUCUUGAUUUAUGGUGCACCAGGUUUCAGCAAGGACAAUGAUAGUCUGAUCUCACGGGAGGACUUUCUACAAGGUGUUAGAAUGAGUGUUCCUCAUGCCAAUGAUAUUGGAUUGGAGGCAGUUAUCCUUCAAUACACAGAUUGGAUGGAUGAAGACAACCCUCUGAAAAACCGCGAGGCAAUGGAUGACAUUGUGGGAGACCAUAAUGUAAUCUGCCCUUUGCAGUACUUUGCAAGAUCCUAUGCUCAAUACAGUUCUAACCCUGCUCUGCCAGGAACAACAGGUCAAGGAAACUUUGGUUGGGCCAAUUCAGGCCUAGCAAGCAACAGCGGCCAUGCACAAGUUGCUGUGUAUCUCUACCUCUUUGACCAUCGAGCCUCUAACCUGGCCUGGCCUGAGUGGAUGGGUGUGAUCCAUGGCUAUGAAAUUGAAUUUGUGUUUGGCCUGCCUUUGGAGAAGAGGCUUAACUACACUGCAGAAGAGGAGAAGCUCAGUCGACGUAUGAUGAGAUACUGGGCUAAUUUUGCUCGUACUGGCAAUCCCAAUAUCAACAUUGAUGGAUCCAUAGAGAACCGACGCAGAUGGCCUCUCUUCACAGCAACAGAACAGAAGCAUGUGGGCCUAAACACAGAUGCAAUGAAGGUGCACAAAGGACUGAAAACACAGCUAUGUGCCCUGUGGAACCGGUUUCUGCCUCGCCUACUUAACAUUACUGAUAACUUUGAUGAUGCCGAACGGCAAUGGAAGGCAGAGUUCCACCGCUGGAGCUCCUACAUGAUGCAUUGGAAGAGCCAGUUUGAUCACUACAGCAAGCAGGAGCGUUGUACAGACCUGUAGAUAGACCUACAGAGAAUGAGACAAAGGGAGAAUGAAAGAAAAUAGAAAUUAGACAAGAGUGAUGACUAUAUUACUCUAUAGUCUCAGGAGCCCUCUGAUAGAAUGUCAAUCAUUCUCUGAGCCACUGUAGAUUAUGCCCUUUAUUGAUGGGUUCCUCUGAGUAGGUAGAAGAUUUAAUUUGGGAAGGUUACAGUUAUAAGCUCUAUAGAGUAUCAUUUGCAACCUGUACAUGGUUCACUAUUGUAUCAUUUUGCAUUUAAAUACUAUUACUAUUGCCAUAGGCAGUUGUUUGACAACGUUGCAUGUUAUCUGCAGGAAGAGACUAUUAAAAGUUACGGUCAUCAUUGAGGAUGUACAAGAGAAAAUGUUAAAGGUGUGAUAUUACCUCUGAUAAUUGUGUCUUUGUGUAUCAGUAUAAAUGAUGCUUAGAAGCCCUCAUUCACUUUUGUCCUCAGGAUCCCAUAUUUACCUUUUUUACAUAAGGGUUUUAUUUGCUUAAUCUAUAAUUGCUGCUUGAUCAUGUGUGCAUUUGUCUAUAUUCCUCUUCUAUCAUGACAGUUCUCUCCAAUAUUUAAGUUUUAUGUGUGACUUCUGGUUAUAUGCAGUUGUCUGCUGUCUCUAUGUGGGUCCAGAUCAAUUCUUUGAUAUCAUAUAUAAGGGAAUCAUGAGCGAUCUCAGUCCAUGCUCCAUGUGCUGGCUCUAUAAUGCACUGAUGUGUUUGUUCUGGCUUCUAGAAAUACGUGUAUGCUAUUUCUGUGUAUUAUACUAAUAUGUAAAGCAUUUUCAUCUUGUUUGAUACACCUAUCGCAUGCAUACUGGUGCUCAGAGCAUGGUCCACCUCUAUUUAUAUGUGUUUGUGAGAGUCUGCUAGCUAAAAAGUGACUGUGUAAGAGAAUAUCUGAAUAGAGUGCCUCCAUGGGCCAGUAUCCAUUAUCUCCUGUCUAUAUGUAGCACACAACUUGUGAAAGUCACCUCCAUUUUCAUUAUAUUUGCCUAGGCACUUCGUGCACGUGUGCAAGUCCUAAAGAGAGGUCUAUAACUACUGUGUCAUGGCUGUGUGCCAAAGAGUCAAUAACUUUUUUUUCCACUACUGGCUCCCCUCCCAGUAGGAAAGAAUUUUCAUUACCGUAAUGGAAGGAGUGUAAUUUAGUUAGUGCUCAUUUGAAACGAUGGCCUGCUGUGUCAGCCAUCUUAACCCCAACUCUGCCAUCACGCAACUUACGCAUUUGGUGGAUACUGCAGGAAAGCAGAGUGUUUAAAUGGGAGUGCUCAGAGGGGAGACAUUUACAAGAGCCAAAUAGAGUGGACACUAAACCAUGAGAAUGAAUAGAGUAUGUCCUAUUUUCUUUUAAGUAUUUUUGUUGCAUGCUUGCACUAAUUAUGAAAUGUAGAAGAUUACACAGAGUGUUUUUAGUUUGCUCAUAUCUGGUUUUUAUUAUGUACUAUAUUUAUUAUAUACUUUUUGGACAUUAUUUUGUUAUCAUUUAAUGUACCAUUUCCCUUGCUCUUAUAUUAUGACCAUAUCUAUCUCACUGUAUAUGUACAUUUUAAAAUGUGGUUGUUUGAGUGCUUACUGUGAGUGACACUACUGAUUUACUCACGUUAUUUCAGUAUUGUUUAUCUCCACAUCAGCACACUGUGGAAGAACAGGCCCUCCAGCAAGUGUCAUGAUUAUCUUUAAUUGUCCUGUAAACCUUUGAGGUUACAUAGAAGAGCAUUUUACCUUGAAAAGAUGUAAUUUUGAAAAUAAAAUAAUAAAAUGCUCUUUUAAAUUAUUUAGGUAUGAGAUACAACAGUUAAGUUAAAUAAAUGUAUGUGCCAGCAGUGUGGCUGGGGUACAUGCUGCUCUUGUAUCUUCUGCUAAAUGACAAUUUGUCCUCAUCUCUUCUGUCCAGUGAAAAGAUUUGUGCAUUUCCUAAAUAUUACCCCUUACUGGAUUCUGUACUCAUAUGACUCAUUUGACUGAUAACCCUUGUAACAAUAAUCCAGUGUUGAUGUAUAUUAUUAAAUUAUAAAUCUAUAUCUAUUAAAGAUUAUUAUUAACCCUGAGAUUGAGGUUAGCAAUAAGGGGUUACACUAGCAAUGGAAUAUAUUUGAAUUGACAAUAAUUUCAUUGGUAAUAAUCAUGGUUGUGAUAUUGUGAUUGAUAAGUCAGUAUACCUGGACAAAGGCAUUUGUGUUGUUUUUUUUUUUUUUUUUUUUUUCAGUAACAACUUUUUGGGGAUGGCUUUAAAGAUUUAUGUGCUGUUGCAAUUAGUCAUAUACUGUAAUUAAUAUGAACACUUAGCAUCGUGUGAUUAUUAUGUUCUAGAGAGUAUCAUCUGUGCAUACUCAAAUUGACAGCUUUUUCAUUUUGCACCCACAUUGUUAUUCUUUUUGGUCCAGACAUUGCCCAUUGUGCCAUACCUUUGUGAUGACAGCAUUGUGCUACUACUCUGCAUGGUACUACUGCUGCCUCUUGGGCAUUGUAUCUGAAGUUCUCCAACAAAACCUCAUUAAAAAGCCUGACUAAA